GGAACGGUAUCUCCAGAGCGAAGGACCGCUAGCUUGGCUACGCUGUUGCUUUUUCUAUCGCUGCUCCAUUCAGCUGUAAAAGCAGGAGGCGGAACAUUUUCACGGAUAUUUUUAAAAGCCAACAAGUCGUUUAAAACAAAGGAAAACUGUUUGUACCAGAAGUGCUGGAUUAACGUUAACAACAGAAACAAACAGAAACAAACCCGCUGGAUGUCUGCGCCGUGCCGCUGGACCGAGUCUCUCGGCUAACACUCACAUUAACACUCACAUUAACAUUUGCAUUAACACUCGCAUAAACAUUUACAUUAACACUCGCAUUAACACUCACAUUAACAUUCGCAUUAACACUCGCAUUAACACCGCGCACACACCCGGUUUUUCUCGUUACUUAUUAUUUUUUUGUCCCUGGGAUUUUUUUUUUUUAAAGUUGCUCAUUUUCCUUCUGCGGGAGAAACAACAGAGGGACGUGUUUAAAGAUGUCUGUUGCGGGUUUAAAGAAGCAGUUUUACAAAGCAAGCCAGAUGGUGAGCGAGAAGGUUGGAGGAGCAGAAGGAACCAAGCUGGAUGAAGAAUUCAAAGACCUGGAGAAAAAAGUGGACGUGACCAGCAAAGCCGUGGUGGAGGUCAUCUCCAAAACCUCGGAGUACCUGCAGCCCAACCCGGCGUCUCGUGCCAAGCUCUCCAUGUUAAACACCAUGUCCAAGAUCCGUGGGCAGGUGAAAAGCCCCGGAUACCCGCAGGCAGAGGGGCUUCUGGGAGAAUGUAUGGGCAAAUACGGCCGUGACCUCGGAGAGGAAACAAACUUUGGAGCUGCGCUGGUCGACGUCGGGGAGAGUAUGAAGAGGCUGGCUGAGGUGAAGGACUCGCUGGACAUCGACGUCAAGCAGAACUUUAUCGACCCUCUACAAGGCCUGUGUGACAAAGACCUGAGAGAGAUACAGCAUCAUUUGAAGAAGCUGGAAGGUCGUCGGCUGGAUUACGACUACAAGAAAAAGCGCAUGGGUAAAAUCCCGGACGAGGAAGUGAAGCAGGCGCUGGAGAAAUUCCACGAGUCCAAAGAGGUGGCAGAGAUCAGCAUGUACAACCUGCUGGAGACUGACAUCGAGCAGGUGAGUCAGCUCUCGUCACUGGUGGAGGCACAGCUACAGUAUCACAAACAAGCUGUACUGAUUCUUGAAGAACUCUCUGACAAACUGAAAGACAGGAUUCUCGAGGCUCAGACUCGUCCCCGUAAAGAGUACAUCCCCAAACCCAAACCCGUCUUUGACUUUGGAGAAACCAACGAGCAGUCGAACGGAGGCUUCACACCUGUUUCUGCUCCUCCACCCAUCCGCACCACAGAUCAGUCGUUCAGACGCAGCAGGUCGGCGUGGAAACCCAGACCGACUCCAGCAGACCAGGCAUGCUGUAAAGCCCUGUACGACUUCGAACCAGAGAACGAGGGCGAGCUGGGCUUCCGCGAGGGCGACAUCAUCACCCUGACCAGCCAGAUCGACGAGAACUGGUUCGAGGGUUCGCUGCGCAACCAGUCAGGAUUCUUCCCUUGCAACUACGUGGAAGUCAUCGUUCCGCUGUUGCGCUAAACCUCAGUGACACGGGACAGAGAGAGAGAGCACAAAAGAGGGAUUUUACGGAGGGAUUUUCAGUUAUCUCAGCACCUGAACUCCGGCACUUUUGACCUCUUAUUAAUCAAGGAAAGAACUUUUUCUUCUCACAUUCCAGAAGAAGAAACGAAGGACCGAUUACGAACGACUGACGACCGGGACUGACCGCUUUAAACCUCGUAGACAGACUAACGCGACUUUAACGCUAUAUUAACUGACAGGUAAAGAUGACUCCGUCUCACCGUACCGUCCGUUUCAAAAACCCUACGUCUCCGUCACCUCGCGGUUCGGCGCAGGCGUGCGACCAUUUUUAAUCAUCGCCCAAUUCUUAAGAGCCUGUAAGCAAGAUUUAAAGCACUGAAGAGGAAAAAAAAACUUCUGAAUGCAUUGUUUUCUAAAAAUCCGAAGAAUGUGUCAGGUAACAAACGUCUUCCUGUUUUCCAUCAUGUCACAUUUUCACCACGUCUUCCACGUCAUACUUAUAAAACCACACUAAGGAACCUAGAAUUACCAAAAAAAUAAAUAGUCCUCGCGCUCCGUUAAAAGUUCCGUUAGUGUCUCUUUAAGGGCAGCGAUCACAUACCCUGAUCCCAUAAUCAAAUCCAGAACCAGCGUUAAAUAAAAAAUAAAAAAAAACUGGGGCAAGUUUCCUACUGUACAGGGA